UUGGGUCAGUUCUUUUAAAUACAACUUUUAAUUUCUUUUAAAAAUUUUCCAAAUCCGACAUGAGAAAAUAGCAAUUUAGUAAGUUAUUAAGUAGUUUUAGUGUGUAGAAAGCUUUUAAAAACUGAUUUAAAUAAUUAAAAUUUCUAUUUGGUCACGCAAACAAUUACACCAAAGUUGUAUUCCCACUUUGUUUAAAAUCACUUUUGAGGUAGAUAUCAACCACGUCAAUCUGCACAGUAAUUUGCAAACUGCGGUAAAAAAGUUGAUUACAGUCAAUUUAGCAAAAUAUAAUUUAAUUGCAGUAUCAGCAUAAAAUAGCGAUUUGCUUUGGAGAAUUUUAAGAUAAUGUCUCAACCACCAAAUGCAGUAUUAAAUGGUCCUUCACCUGAAAACAAUGUGCCUUUUAAAGAUGCUCAACCCACACAAGACCCGACAAAAACACAUCAGAACGGUAGCGGAACUCCCCAACAAUUCCCGGGAUAUGCAACAUCUCCAAGACCGCCUUUGACACGAUUGGACAGCCGGAGUUCUCUCCCGUUGCGUCCAGGCUUUCCCCCAGGUCCUCCCAGACCCCAACAAAUCCGUCAACCUAUUCCUGGUCAACAGCAAUUCAUCCAGAGACCUCCAGGAGGAGCCCCCAGACCUCCAGGUCAACCCCAAUUCAUACAAAAUCAAGCACGACCCAUCAAUCCUAAUUUCCGUCCAACUUCUCCUUUCCCAAGACCACAACUUCCACAAGGACAAGGGCCAAGACAGCCUGGGAUUUUCCAACAAAGAUCAGUUCCGGCUUUUAAUCAACCAAGACCACAACUCGACGAUCAUUUGAUCAGAAGUCAAACACUGGAUUCCUCAGAUUUGUUACAUAAACCUCUUGAAAAUGUCAAAACCGCUCAAGAAGAUGCGACUAAAUCCGCCAUAAAUGCGAUGAAAAACCGGAGUUUUAGUAUGAGUUCAAAUGUUUCUGAACCACAGAGUGUGUCUGAAGAAGAAAGGAGAAGGUCGGUUAGUAGUAUUGGAAGUUACGAAGAGAGAAGAUCGGUUUCAGGCUCUAUGGAAAAUUUGGAUAAAAAAUAUGAAGAUUAUCCUUCACGACCGGAAUCCCGGUCUAGUGUUAGAAUGAACAGAAUAAUGGAAAAUGAUGAUAAAAUUAACGUACCCAAUAAACCUCCUUCUCCACAAACAGACACAAUGCAGAAAAAUGUUGAUUUUAAAUUACCAGUUCAAGAAAAUAAAACCAAGUCACAUUCUCCUGUAGGUAGAGUUGUAGAAAAAGUUGAAGAAAAAGACGAUGUAUUUAUUUCUAAACCAAAAGAAGAAAAAUCUGUUAAAGAUAUACAAAACGGUAUUUGUGACGACAAAAAACCCGAUUCCAAAACUUUGGAAUUAAAAAAUUUAAAGAAAGGAAAAUCUCCUUCUCGCUCAGAAGGUGAUAACGAUAGUGGAGUAGACGAAUCUACACAAGGAAAUGACCAAUCUAGUAAUGGCGAUCACAGCUCUCCAAGAAAAUCAUCAGCUAAAACUUCGAGUCGCACAUCUUCAACGACACCAACCAAAAACAGAUCAUUGUCACGAGGAUCUAAAUCACCGAGUCUUAAAAGUCCAGAUUCAACAGCAAGUACUCCCGGAACAACAGAGAAAAAAAAAGUUCCUAUGAAUAAGAUCCAAGUAGGAUCAGCUCCUUCUCCAAACUUGAAGGUAGUUAGAUCAAAAAUUGGAUCUCUAGAAAACGCAAGUUACAAGCCCGGAGGAGGCAAAGUCAGAAUAGAAAGUAAAAAAUUAGACUUCAAAAAUGCUGCUCCACGAAUUGAAGCUAAAAAUGAUGCUUACAUUCCCAAAGGGGGCGAUAAAAAGAUUCAACAACAAAAACUUCAGUGGAAUGCGAAGCCAAAAGUUGGUUCUUUAGAAAAUGCGACACAUAAACCGAAAGGUGGCGAGAAGAAAAUAGAGACUGUAAAAUUAGAUUUUAAGGACAAAGCUAAGCCGAAAGUUGGUUCCAAAGAUAAUAUUAAACAUGUUCCUGGUGGGGGAGACGUAAAGAUUGAGAACAAGAAAUUGGAUUUAAAAGUACAGAGUAAAGUGGGCAGUUUGGACAACGUCAAGCAUAAGCCUGGAGGUGGUGAUAAAAGGAUUUUCGACGAUAAAGAAUAUUUAAAACAGAGGUCGGCUAUUUCGAGCGAGAAUCAUUCGCUGUGUGGUUCUCAGAAUUCCUUGCCGUCCCAGCCGGAAGCCGGAGGUCCAGUAGCUGAUGAAAAUCUCAACCAAGAACGUUAAUUUGUUAUUUUUUAAUUAAUGUGCCGUCUCUAAACCUAUUUUAGACCAGUUGAUACUUGGAUAUAGUUCUUUAACUAUUGAUAAACAUGUGGUUGAAAUACAUUUGAGAAGUAACAUUAACUUACUGAUACAGCAUGAAGCCCGUGUACGAAAUGCAUGUAUUACUUGAAAAAUAAUAAAUUGUAUAUUCAUAGAGUAUAUUUAGAAUCCACUAACACUAACACUGUAUUUUCCACUAAAAUGCUGAGGUUUAGUGUCACUUUUGCUUAAUUUUCCUUUUAUUUUAAGUAAAAUAAGCAAAUGCUGUUCGUUUCAAGAAUAUAUUUUUCAAUGUAAAAUAAUAUUAAUGUAUGAUAAAAUAGUUUGGUGUUGUGAUACCUAGAAUAAUGACCAAACGAUCAACAUUUUUGUACUGUUUAUUAAAGUUGAAACCUAAAUUCUUUCCUAUAGUAUUAAUUUAUAUUUGUAGUUGAUAGAAUUGCAAUUGUGGUUAUUCAUUGUGAAAAAGUUAUCAAAAUGUUUAUCCUUUCACAAUAAGGAGUUAUUAAUUUUGAAGCGUUUUGAUAAUUUUUAUGCAUAUUGUACUUUUCAUGUUUCAGUUAUGCUGUUUCCAGUAAAAAUAUUUUAUUUUGUUUUGCAACAUAGAUGGUAUUGAAUAUAUCAUCACUGUAUUAACUUUAUAAGAACCAUUAAUAAAAUGUGCAUUAGUAUAUA